AUGAGGGCCGAAAUCCAAGCUCUGCUAGCUAAUCACUCAUGGACUCUUGUUCCCCGUCCUCUUGGUUUUAAUAUUGUUGGCUGCAGGUGGAUUUUUCGUAUCAAACGUCACCCCGAUGGUUCUAUUGAACAGUUUAAAGCCCGAUUGGUGGCUAAGGGGUUUUCUCAACGUCCGGGCAUAGACUUUCAUGAUACUUACAGCCCGGUUCUAAAGCCCGCCACCAUUCGCACUGUCUUUUCCAUUGCUCUAUCUCAUCACUGGUGGAUUUUGCAGUUCGACGUCAACAAUGCCUUUCUCCAAGGCUCUUUGCAAGAGACAGUUUAUAUGACCCAGGCCCCCGGCUUCCGUGAUCCGGAGCAUCCAGAUCAUGUUUGUUGUUUGUCUCGGCCUAUCUAUGGCCUUCGACAGGCAUCUCGUUCUUGGUAUCUCGCGCUCUCCGGGUUUCUUCAAGAAGAAGGAUUUGUCAAGUCAAAAUCAGAUGCCUCCUUGUUCAUUUAUCACAAGGGCACCGUCACACUAUAUAUUCUGGUUUACGUCGACGAUCUUCUACUUACUGGCAAUGAUGCGCCUGCUCUCGCGCAUUUCCUGGCUCGUUUGGCUGCACAUUUUUCCCUCAAGACCCUUGGGCCUGUCCACUAUUUUCUUGGUAUUGAAGUUGUACCGACAUCUAACGGGUACCUCCUCUCUCAACAAAAGUAUGUGACUGACGUCCUUACCCGGUUUGGCAUGGCUGACUCGCAUCCCGCCCCAACUCCUCUGUCCUCCACCGCCAAGCUCUUGCUUGUUGAUGGCUCACCUCCUGCCGAUGUGACCCUAUAUAAACAGGUUGUUGGUUCAUUGCAGUAUCUCCUCUGCACCCACCCAGAUAUCGCCUUCGCCGUCAACAAGCUCUCUCAAUUCAUGCACACUCCUAUGCAGCUGCAUUGGCAACAUGUUAAGCUUCUGUUUCGCUACUUAAAAGGCACCUCCCAUCUCGGUCUCCGCCUUGCCUCGACACCCCAAUGA